AUGGAUUCUGCUCUCAGUAUUCGCAUUUACCUUGUUCUUGCGUUCCAGCUGUGGUUUUCCGUAGCUGAACCAGACUUGGUCAUUGGCUACUUCGUCGAGAGCGGCACAAUCACCUGCCCAAACUCUGGAACUUUUAACUGGUCACCACAACACUCGUGGGCGAACUGCGAACCGUUAGCACCGGCAUCCAAUGGUUGGGUUGUUGGAAAAUCUUGCGCUAGUCUUGACUCUUUUGACACCGAGGGGGUCAUCGUGUUCCUAUACGCGACCAGUUUCCCGGAUGACAUCAGCAGGCUCAGCUAUGAUAAGCCUUCAUCGUUUGAGAGAUGUGAAACUGAUAACGCCUGUACAACUGUCACCCUGUAUGAGUCGUACAACGGAGGGGAGGGGGAAUCGCCCCAUUAUCUGAUCAGCUGCAAGAAUAUGAUCGGCAUGGGGAGUCGUGAUUCUUUCGCAACACUGUUUCUUGAGAACCCGACAACGUAUGAGACGACGAUUGCCACCGAAACAGAAACCGACGAUACUUCCUCGAAACCAACAGAGAAAUCCCGCCCGUCGACGGCAUCGCCCCCCACCACGACCGAGACAGAAGGGACAGACGACCAAGAUAGCGGGGAUGAGCUCAGUGCUGGCGUUAUAGCUGGCAUAGCUGUCGGGUCUGUGGCGGGGGUGGUUUUGGUUGUUUGUGCUAUUAUCAUAGCCUUCAGAAUGGGGAGGAAGAAGGGCCGUCAAGGAGACCACGAGACGCGAUCUAAGAGCCUGGCGGAUAGACUGAAAUCUUUUCCAAGACCGGCUCUUGUAUGGAGGCGUCCAGAUGCCACGAAAGGGGGGACUGAGACGUCGAUCGAGCCAAAGGCGGAGCUUCCGGCUAGUUCAGAGGUCCAAAGACCAACUGAUGCUCUGCCGUAUACUAAUGCGGAGGCGCAAUCGGAGGCUAGAACUCGGGGUUCUGCGACUGAGCUCCCGGCGUGA